AUGUCUUCUCUUAGCUACAAUGAUUUGCAUCGCCUUUUCAAGAAACUCGAUCAAAACGGUGAUGGCUUGGUGAGCCCUAACGAGCUCCAAUCGCUUCUUGAUACAAUGAAAGUCGGUUCGAGUGUCGAUGAGCUAGAACGCUUGACAGGAAAAACCAAUCUUAGCUUUUCCGAGUUUUUGGAGUUUUAUGGUAUGAUUGCAGUUACAGAAGAAAAGGAGGGCGAGAAUGAAUCAGAGAGCGAUCUUUUCAAGGCGUUUGAGGUGUUUGACCGAAACCGUGAUGGAUUCAUCUGUGAUGAGGAGCUUCAGGAGGUGUUAUUGACGUUGGGAUUGUGGGACGAUAAUGGUCGUAUGGAUGUGAAGAGUAUGAUCAAAGCGUUCGAUGCAAAUUGUGACGGUUUUCUUGAUUUCCAAGAGUUCAAGAAAAUGAUGGCAUAG